AUGGACGGCGCCAUCGAAGCGAUGAGCAGUGAGUACCAGGCGUUUGUGGCGGCGGCUGUGGAGGUGGUUGAGAGCUCCGGCGGCCCGCCUGGUAGGGCACUUGAGGAAUUGAAGCAGAGAUGGCAGCUGUUCAUGGCCGCAUGUGACGAGGCAGAGGAAGUGGUGGAGUUGGCGAGGAGGAGGAUCACGGCCGAGCAUGUGAUGGACGUGGCUUCAGGGAUGGUACUGGGAGGACCAGCAGCGCCGCCAUUGCCGCCCAUCAGUGCGCCCUGCUUGGAACGGGCGGUCCAAGCAGUUAAAUCUCUCGCUGUGGAUCUCCGCUCACCACCGGCUGCUCACAAGGUGGAUUGA